AUGAUCCUCUCCCUCAACUUCUUCGUCCUCCAGAUAAUGGGUUUCUGGAGGCCCUCCGAGGGUUCCCCUCUCAAAAUCAUUUUCUACAAGUUCUACACGUGCCUGAUGUGUUUAAUCCUGUAUUCGGUGACACUCACUCAAUUAAUCGAGAUGAUCAGGUCACCAGGUACGGUAGACGAUGUCAUCAACAACUCCCGGGUGCUCCUGACGAUGAUGAAUGCCUGCGCCAAGUCCCUCUCCUUCGUUGCGAGACGGGACGACAUCCUGAAGGCGAUAGGCAUCAUCACGUCUCCUCCGUGUUGUCCACGUAAUUCAGCAGAAGCUGUCAUUCAAGAGAGAUACGACCGGAGCAUCAGAAUGAAUUCACUCAUUUAUGGAGCAUUCAUCCAGACCUCUGUCAACACUGUCAUUCUCCAGACAGCUCUGGAAUGCAUUCCCAUUCGUAUCCUGCCAUUCAAGUGCUGGUUACCUUAUGACAUUAAUUCAGAGACAACGUUCUGGCUCACCUACAUACAACAGAGUGUUGCAACGUACGUCACAUCCUACGUCAACAUUUGUUACGAUACAAUUGUACCAGGAUGUAUGGUCCAAACGUGCGCGCAGCUAGACAUCUUCAAGAGUCGACUCAAAGAUUUAUCUGGACAUAAUCAUCGCUCUCACGGUAAAGACGUCGAAACCCAUGGUGAUAAGAAUAAAAUACUCGUAUCAGACUGCGUGGAGCAUCAUCUCAACAUCCUCAAAUUUGCUGAAUUAUCGAACAAUAUUUUCGCCCCGACUAUUUUCACGCAAUUUGCAAUUAGCUCGUUAGUAAUUUGCGUGAGUGUCUACGAUCUGUCGACAGCUGCUCCAUUCUCCCCGGAUUUCGUGGAAGUCAUGCUCUACUUGAUGUCGAUGAUGCUGGAAAUAUAUCUCUUCUGCUUCUAUGGAAAUAAUGUCACUGUCCAAAGUAAUCACGUUGGUGGGAAUAUUUACGAUUUGGAUUGGACUUCACUUGAUAUUUCCGUGCAGAAGAGUCUUCUGAUUGUCAUGACGAGGGCGAUGAAACCCCUCACUUUCACCAGUGGACAUGUCGUCGUUCUGUCCCUCGCGUCAUUUACGAGUUUACUAAAAAUGUCGUAUUCCGCAUACAACGUUCUUCAACAGGCGUCCUAGAGCACCGGAAGAACAUGAAGACAAAUGUGGAG